GUUCCCCGUUUCUGCCCCUGUAGAAGUAACUAGUGUUGAUGAGGAUGAUCCUGGUGGCUCUGCUGGUGCCUCUACUGGUUCUGUCCAGCGCUGGACGUACCUCAGGUACGAUUGUCACCAGCUGCGAGGCGUGUCACGAACAAGCCGUCUGCCGCACCUCCCCCAUGGCAGGUGACAUCACAUGCACCUGUAAGAAGGGCUUCUCCGGAGACGGCCUCAUCUGUUUACCUGGCCACACCGCCACCGCCACCGCCACUGACCACCACGCCCCUCGUCGUGUCCGCCGCUCCUACCCCACCUCCAACACCAACCUUGCCCAUGUCCGGUUCAGCUGCGGCUUCAACGAGUGCGCCGACGGGGAGGACUGCAUCACGGUCGACGGCAUCCAGCAGUGCUCCAACCCCUGUAAGAUCUACACGGUCCUGAACGACGCCUGGCGUUCCACCAACAACCACGUGGGCAACAAGCACUGUGACCGCAACGUCCGCUGGGACGGCUAUUACCGCAUGUUCAUCGGCAACCAGAGCGUGUCCAUGCCGGACAAGUGCGUGGAUUCCUUCAAGUGCGGCACCCAGGCUCCCUUGUGGCUGGCGUUUCCUCCCCCCCAGCAGGUGGAUGAAAUUGUCCAGAGUGCAGUCUGCGCCAGCUUCAAUGGGGACUGCUGCUGGGUGCAGUCUCAGCCCAUCCACGUCAAGGCAUGCCCUGGGAACUACUUUGUGUACAAGUUCGUCAUGCCUCCCGGGUGCUACUUCGCCUAUUGUGCAUAUGUGACAGCUCCCACCACAACACCAAAACCAGUCAGAACAACAACCACAACAACAACCACCACAACAACAACAACCACAACAACAAAAGCACCUGUAAAGGUCAACACGACAACACAAACCCCUGUAAAGGUCACGAAGACAACAAAUGCACCUGUAAAAGACACCACAACAACACAAACACCUGUUAAGAUCACCACAACACCGCAAACACCUGUUAAGAUCACCACGACAACACAAACAUCCGUAAAUAUCACCACUACGACAAAAUCACCAGUAGAUGUUGUCACCUCGACAAAAACACCAAUAGACAACAAUCGCACCACAACAACAACACAGUCACAGGUUGCCACGACUACGCCAAAAGCAAUGUGUGGUACCUGCAGAGCGGGGGAGACCUGCGUGAGCACCGAUGGGGUCACUUGGCGGUGUGAGAGGCCAGAUCAGCCUGUUUUGCUGCACCCAGAGGUAGUGUGUGGGCGGAGCCUGGUACAGGUGGGUCUCAACAGGACUAACCUGGAGGCCGCUGGUCUGGACGCCACCACCGCUAACCUGGCCGACCCCCGGUGUACCGCUCACGAAGAGCGUGGCAGCAUGGUAUGGUACCAGGUGGAGCGCACGGAGGGCGCCUGCGGAAACACUCUGGUGACAAACGGAACGGACGCCAUCUUUUCCAACAGUUUAUUCAUCUACCACGUUCACGACGUGUCCUUCAGCCGACCCGUGAGCGUGCCUUUCUCCUGUGCCUACCCUCUGGAAUCAGAGACCAGCCUGGAUGUGGCCAUCAAACCCUACCUGUCGCUGAAGGGUUCCAAAGUCGGUAAGGGCUCCAGAGUGGGCUCCAACAUGACUCUGUACCACAGCGACGACUUCACAAAGGCUUACCCAGCGGGCGGAGUCACCUUGCCGGUGGGUUCCGUGCUGCACGUGGGCGUGUCCGUAGAGGAGUCCGAGACGGAGCGUUUCGUGGUCGUUCUGGAGGACUGCUAUGCCACACAAUCCCCCGACCCUAAAGACAUCAUGCGAUACUACAUCAUUCAGAACAAAUGUCCGACUGAAUUCCGUCAGGUGAGGGUGGAGGAGAGCGGCUCGUCUCUCAGGGCUCGCUUCUCUGCUCUGCUGUUCCUGUACCAGGGGGACUACCGGGACGUCUUCCUGCACUGCAGACUCAGCCUGUGUGACCAGAGGAGCUCCUCCUGCACACCAAUGUGCACCAAAAGGAAAUACCGCUCUGUCACCCCCUCUGUCCCCCUCGAACCCCUCACCAUCGGACCAAUCACCUGGUCCCAAAAUGAAGAUUGAACUUGUCCUGCUUCCUGUAUCCUAAACAAUCCAGUUAUCUAAAUGAUUAAUGUAAAGUUCAUAAACCUAUCUCACCUAUACAUCAUUUAUGUCCUAAACCAAGCCAUUUAAUAUCUUACAUACAUCCAGUUAUAAAUAAUGAUCUUUUAAGGAUAUUUUUAUAUUUUUCUUACGACUAGGAUAAUUGGGGAAAACAUUUCUAUUUGAACCAACACAAAUUAAUUGUUGAACCUUUAACUAAGGCUUGAGUCCAGAAAGUGUAUGUGCUGGUCACAAAUGUUUGUAACGUGAAAAUACAUGGACAUCUAGUUGAGAUUAUAUCAACACAAACAUCUCCCUUUUCUAGUUUAAACUGCAGCUGUAAAAUCAUUUCAUCCUAUUGCUCUAAAAUGCUUUGUAUGUUCAGUAAUUUAAUAGUGUUAAUAAAAUAUAAAUGAUAAAUAUAUGUAUAAAUGUAUUAAUGUGUGAAUAAUGUACUGGGCAUGUAGUGUACUAUUGCUAUAGCUUAGUUCUUUCUCUGUGGGAUCAGUCAAGACAAUGAUGAACCAGUAGGUGUCAGUAUUACCCCUGAAACACUGG